UCAAAUCUGUUAGUCCAUGUAUGUUCCUCAUCCUGAUCAAAAAAAUUCUUGAGAUAGUAAGAGUAUCAAAAAUAAAAAUACACAAUAACAAUAAAAAUAAAAAUAACAAUAAUCAAACAGCCGCACUACUAAAGAAUUGAAAGAUGAACGGGCAAUUAACUAGGGAAUGUGAGCAGAGGAACAUAAUCAUUAGAUCAGGGAGCUACACACCUAGAACCAUAAACGUCAGAUCUUGGUGUAUGGUGUCAUUCUUUAAAUUAAUCGACGACGAGCUAGAUGAUUUCCUUGAGGAUGAUCAGUGCUGCAGGAUUGCCGACAAAUACUUAAUCGCCAUGGUCUUUACGUAUUUUUUGAGGGCUGGGCUGCGGUCAGAUGAAUACACAAGAUCAAAUUUCUUCAUUGCCCUGUAUUUGGCUCAUGAUAUGGAAGAGGAUACAGAUGAGUAUCAAGUGAUGCUUCGUGAUUACAUAGAGCUAGAUGAUGCAGGAUUUGGUUGUACACCCUCCCUAUUCUUUGAAAGGCGUGAUAAACUCUGGGAGAGAAUGCAACAUCGCGCUGUAGUUUCCAAAUCAUGCUGCGACAAGGUGAUGAACAUGAUUAGGCCAUAUCACAAGAUAUGGUCCCGCGAAAGACACGUCAACCAUUCGGGGGCAUCCAGAGUUUCUGAAAGAGAGAAUAUCUCCUGCCCAAAUUGCCCUGCAAUGAUCAUCCCACAGUACUCAAACUCUUCCACCGAGUUCAGUCCGGAAGUAGUUUUCAAUUUUCUAAGACCAAGGACACUGAACAGUCGGAUACUGAAUCAGCAUUAUGCUUUUGAUUUUGAGUAGACGGAAGUG